AUGCGGCGGGUGGGCAGGCGCGGCAGGCAGGUCCAGGAGGGCAGCCCCAUGGAGAACGGCGUGGGGCAGGAGCCGGGGACCCCCGAGCCACCCGCCGCCGAGGGCAGCCCUGCCCCACGCCCCCCCCGUGCCCGCCCCAGGCUGGUGUUUCACACGCAGCUGGCCCACGGCAGCCCCACGGGGCGCAUCGAGGGCUUCACCAACGUCAAGGAGCUCUACGCCAAAAUCGCUGAGGUCUUCGGCAUCUCGCCAACCGAGGUGAGGGGUCAGGGGCCGGGGCUCCCCGUUUCUGGGCCGAUGCCGGCAGCUGCGGGGGGUUCCCUGGGGCAGAUCCUCUUUUGCACGCUCAACACCCACAAAGUGGACAUGCAGAAGCUGCUGGGGGGACAGAUCGGCCUGGAGGACUUCAUCUUUGCCCACGUCCGGGGCGAGACGAAGGAGGUGGAGGUGACCAAGACAGAGGAUGCGCUUGGCCUCACCAUCACGGACAACGGGGCCGGCUACGCUUUCAUCAAGAGAAUCAAGGAGGGGAGCAUCAUCAACCGCCUCCAGACGGUGUGUGUGGGCGACAGCAUCGAGGCCAUCAACGACCACACCAUCGUGGGCUGUCGCCACUACGAGGUGGCCCGGAUGCUGCGGGAGCUGCCCCGCGCCCAGCCCUUCACCCUCCGCCUGGUGCAGCCCAAAAAGGCCUUCGACAUGAUCGGGCAGAGGACGCGGAGCAGCAAGUCCCCGGGCGAGGGCAGAGUGGCCAGCGGGAAGGAAACGCUGCGGCUGCGGGCGCAGGGCCCGGCCACGCUGGAGGAGGGGCCCACCCCCUUUGAGGAAGAAGCUGCCCGCCGGGUGGACGACCUGCUGGAGAGCUACAUGGGCAUCCGCGACAGCGAGCUGGGUGAGCGGGCAGGGGGGUGUGUGGGGGGGACACACCACCCGGACCCUCACCCACCGCUGACCGUGCCCUCUCUUGCAGCCUCAACGAUGGUGGAGGCGGCCAAGGAGAGCCCCGGCGCAGCCCAACUCGCCCGCGGCUUGGAUUCGGUGCUGGGCGAGUUCGCCUUCCCCCAGGAGUUCGUGGCCGAGGUGUGGGCAGCCGUCUGCCACCCUAAGGGGGGGCAGGAGUAG